UGCCACUAUAAAUAUGGAAGUGUUCUAGUAGAAAUAUGAACCAAACAGAGAGAAAACCAAUCAAAAACAUAAGAGAUAAUGGAGGUAGAGCAAGUUCUUCACAUGAAUGGCGGAGAUGGCAAAACAAGCUACGCAAACCACUCACUUCUUCAAAGAGCUGUGAUUUCGACGGUGAAGCCUAUUGUGGAUGCAACCAUAGAGGAGCUCUGCAGCACUCUCUUCCCGGAGUGUCUGAAAAUAGCGGACUUGGGAUGCUCUUCGGGGCCCAAUACCCUACUGGUAGUAUCAGACAUCAUAGCCAACAUCCAGAACACGUUUCGAAAGCUCAACCUUCCCCCGCCAUCGCUUCAAGCAUUCUUGAAUGACCUUCCCCGGAACGAUUUCAACACGGUGUUCAGGUCACUGCCUGGCUUCUAUAACAAGCUCGAUGAAGAACAUGAGAACAAGUCGGGUCCUUGUUUCAUUGCAGCAAUGCCCGGUUCCUUUUAUGGGAGGCUCUUUCCUGACAACUCUCUCCACUUUGUUCAUUCUUCCUAUGCUCUCAUGUGGAUCUCUGAGGUCCCAAAAGGUUUGGUAACGAAAGGAGGAGAGGGACUGAACAAGGGGAACAUAUAUAUAGCCAAGACAAGCUCACCCGCUGUGUUUAAUGAAUACUUUGAGCAAUUCAAAAGGGACUUCACAGUCUUUCUGAGGUCUCGGGCACAAGAGCUAGUCCCGGGAGGUAGUAUGGUCCUCACAACAAUGGGCAGCAUAAAUAGCAAAGAUCCCCUCUGCAUUUGGGAAUUUGUCGGAUUAAAACUCCAUGACAUGGUUUUAGAUGGUUUGAUUGAAGAGGAAAAAUUGGACACAUUCAAUUUGCCAUACUACGCACCAACAACGGAUGAGGUGAAAGAGGUAAUCGAGGCUGAAGGUUCUUUUACCCUGCAAAACCUCGAAGUUUUCAGAAAUGACUGGGACUCUUAUAUAAAACAAGCUAACUGUGGCUUUGACAAGAAUGCGAGGGCAGCAGUACUGUCCACUGACAUAAGAGCUGUGGGAGAGCCUAUUCUGGCCAGCCAAUUCGGAGAGGAAGCCAUGGACGAUUUAUUUCGCAGGUUUGAAGAAGAUGUUCUUGAUCACAUGGAAAAGGAGAAGUGCCAGUUCAUUAAUCUGGUUAUCUCGUUAACUAAGAAGCGUUGAAUAUGAAUGUGCUGCAGAGAUUCUAUUGCUUCUGUUUAUUUUGGUGGAUUCCCUGUUUUAUUGUUUUGUUGAAUAAAUUUUCAUAUUGUAGUGUGCAAUUCCUAGCUAGCCUGCAGCUCCUGCAAGGUUUAGGCCCAUCCCGAUUUGGUUAGCAAGUUUAAGAAUACUUGGUAGUCUAUUUGAAUUCUGGAAAUGAGUUAUGAUUAAAGGCGUGCAAGUAUACAAUA